AGGAUACAGAGCACCACACUGAGGCUCAGGAUCAAAUGUAUGGAGGCAGCUCAGUUUGUGAAAAAUGUAAUUUUUGAACUACUUAUAGUUUGUAAAAUCCUGUAACGACUUAUAUAAGAAGCUGUGUACUCAAGAUAUGUUGAUUUCAAUCGGGAUGACUUCAGGACUCUAUAAGUUUGAUGAUGGGCAGAGCUGUCCAACCAACUGUUUCCCUGCAGGGACAUUACAGCAGAGAAGCAAAGAAGGUGCUGGUCAUUGGCUUGUAGCCUAUAGAAAGGCAGAGAAGCAGAGAUACAGGAAAGUGGAAAGGAGAAUUAAAGAGACUUAUAGAAUAGAGGAGAACUCGUUUGCUGAUACUCCUCAUGGUAUCACACUCAAUCGAUUCUUCCUGCUGCAGUUACAUUGUGUGGAUGAACCAUCUGAGCUCUGCUCUGCUGACAUCAGUGAGCAGAAACUGAAUUCUGUUGAGCCAGAAGACUUAAAGGUGUUUGAUAACAUAGCUCACAUCAAUGCAUCUAUUAACUCCCUCUCUUUAGGAUCUUUCAGCAGUUUUGUGUCUCUUAGAGAACUCAGUCUGUCUUUAAAUGGAAUUCGGAACAUGACAUUUGAUGCUACUGACUUCCCUUAUCUUGAGGUUCUGGAUUUGUCCUACAACAGUUUAUCAGCUGAGGCUAUUGUUUCUCUCGGUCAGCUUCCACAUCUUAAAGUCCUUCAUCUGACUGGAAAUAAGCUUCAUCGUCUUCCUCCUAAUCUGGGUUCCUCAAACCGUGACCCCACUCAGAUGUCAGCUAAAGAUGAAGAUACACAGUUUAACACUCUGGAAGUCCUGACUCUGGAUGACAACAAGCUGUCCUCUGGAGUCUUCAACAGUCUUACAAACCUGAAGAGGUUGAAGCAUUUAAACCUGCAGAAGAACCGUAUUUCAGAAAUACCCUUCAUGCAAGCAGUGGGGCGUUCAAAACCUGAAACUGAAGAGCAAGCCGAAGAACAAGGACGAGAUCACACCGAGUCCAGUCCAAACACAGAUGAACAUCUGAGAAAUAUCUCACAGAUCAUUCCCAAACACAGCUGGGAGGAGCGCUGCAAAGGAUCCAGUUUGCCACUGCCAGAACUCCAGUUCCUUAAUUUAGCUGAAAACAAGAUUAGUGAGGAGGAAGCGCUGAUGGCUGCCGCUCUUUUCCCAAAGCUUUGUGAGAUUGACAUUCACUCCAACCCUCUGACCACACGGAGGAGAGGGGACCCUCCUUUACUGACCUAUUACCUCCAAGAGAGACUGGGGAUAACAAUAAAGCGGAAGACGACACAAGAAGCUGUGAAGCUCCCGUUGAAGGGGUUCACUGAUGUAAAAUGGAAGAUGGAAGAAAAAAUCCCAAAGGUGUCAAACAAGUCGCUGCUGAUGAAUACAGCUCGCCCUGCUCAAAGUCGGGCUGAGAAAAGUCAGGCGACUGUCAAGAGAACAGCCAGAACUGAGGGCAAGAAUAGCAAAGGCCUCACCUUUCAUGAAAACACAGAGCACUUCUUUAUUACUCAGGCAGCAGAUGUGCCUGAAUUUAAAUGGGAUCUUCCACCUGAGGAGAGAAACAACCUUGUUUCUCAGCAACUCCCAUGCAACGAACUGCUGAUGGAUGCAGAGCCACAUCCUGAUGCACUGAAGCCCGCUGCAGGAAUCCACACGGCUGUUAGGAUGCUGGAGCACGCACUGAAGAAUCUUAAUGUUUACAGGGACUCCAAACCAAGGCUUGAUAGCAUCCAGACGCCCUACAGGGAAAGAGAGAAAAGGAUUAAAGACCUGCCACCUUUAAAACCAAUAAAGCAGCCGACUGAGAGGGUCGAUGAAAUGAUCAAGAGUAUGAAAGAGAGCACAACAGUUAAAGUAGUCGCCUUAGGCAGUGCCAUGCAGAGCACACAUGUUAACAGGAAGGAAUAUAAGGAAGCUCUGUCACUGCUGACAGAUAUGAAGACAAAGUAUAAGAUGGUCCAUAAGAAAACAAUGGAACAAGUAGGAAGCGAUGAGUCUGAGGGAAACAUGGACCAAAACGGAGCCGAGCCUCCACAUGGGCAGAAGCUUUAAUUCAGAUUCAAAAGCUGAGCUGAACUAUGACUUAUUUUUGGUUUCAUGAACACCUUGUUGAUGUUAGUGUGACUGGAAGUGACAAAUAUACCUCAUGUCUAAAAUAAUAAAAAGCAGUGGUGAGUGA